AUGCCCUCUCGCGCUCAAGGAAAUGAAUACAUAUUGGCACUAGAUGACAUCCUACCACUGGCCAAAUUCAUCGCCCAGCGUACCAAUCCUACCGUUGCUAUGCCCGAGGCCUUCUCGCAGACUCUUGAUAGACUCAUCUCUCUACGCACCAAAUUCAAUCAGAUCAAGACUAUCACAAACACAAAGGCAGAUCCAGAGUCUGAUAGAAAUCAUGGGUUCUUCCUCGAUGUCCUCAAGAACGUCAGAGAAACUUUGAGGCCCGCACAGCGGUUGA